AUGGGAUGUCCUGUAUGUGGGAAGGAUACAGACUGUAUGUGGUUGCCUAAUAGUAGGAAACAUGUGUACAUGUGCCACAGAAAGGGUCUCUCGCCUACACAUAGUUACCGGGGAAAGAAAGUCUGGUUUGAUGGCAAGGCUGAGCAUGGGGUUAAGAGGCGGAUACUCACGGGUCAUAACAUUUCUUCACUCUUAAAGAAUUUCAAGAACAACUUUGGGAACACAAAGAAGACAGGAAAGAAGAGGUGUAGGAGUCCUUGUUUAGACUCCUUCUCAGAUAGUGAAUCUGAUGAUGAAGAAGAGACUGAAGUGGACGAGGAGGAAUUAUUAAGAUGGAAGAAACGUUCUAUCUUUUUUAAAUUGCCUUAUUGGGAGGAACUCCCUAUCAGACACAAUUUAGAUGUGAUGCACGUUGAGAAAAAUGUUGCUUCGAGCAUCAUAGCUACUUUGCUGCAUUGUGGAAACUCAAAGGAUGGGUUGAAGGCGCGUAAAGAUCUUGAAGUCUUUGGUAUUAGGAAGGACCUACACCCUAAACUGAAAGGGAAAAGAACUUACCUUCCACCAGCACCGUGGUCCCUGUCGAAGACAGAGAAGAAAGUAUUCUGUAAGCGGCUAUACGACUUUAAAGGUCCAGACGGCUAUUGUUCUAACUUAUCAAGCUGCGUUUCAUUGGAGGAUUGCAAGGUCAUGGGUUUCAAAUCUCAUGACUACCAUGUUCUAAUGCAACAACUACUUCCUGUAGCAUUAAGAGGUCUACUACCUAAGGGUCCCAGUAUCGCAAUUACACGUCUCUGCUCAUUCUUCAAUCAUCUGUGCCAGCGAGUCGUAGACAGAGAGCAACUUUCUAUAAUGGAAAGUGAGAUUGUGGAAACGCUCUGCAUGUUCGAGAGAUUUUUUCAGCCUAGUUUCUUUGAUAUCAUGGUCCAUUUAUGCGUCCACCUGGGUAGAGAAGCUAGACUAUGUGGACCUGUCCAUUUCAGAUGGAUGUACCCAUUUGAAAGGUACAUGAAGGUGUUAAAAGAUUUUGUCAGAAAUCCAGCAAGACCCGAAGGAUGUAUGGCGGAGUCAUAUCUUGCACAAGAGUGCAUGGAUUUUUGCAAAGAGUUUCUAAAAACAAGUACAAGCGUAGAAGAUAAACCAGAGAGGAAUGAUGACUUAGAGAGCAGUUCCAUCCUUGAGGGACGUCCUAUAUCUGCACCACGACCGUUUAUUCUCAGUGAAGCUGAUAGGAAAAUAGCCCAUAUGGCUGUUAUUCAGAACUUGGCAAUGGUUGAUCCCUACGUCGAACGUGAUGCGACCAUCUUAUGGACUAUGCACACACAGAAUUUUGCAUCCUGGUUGAAGGAACAAAUACCUAUGAAUUCUGAAGGGAAUGAAUCAACCCUAAAGUGGUUAGCAUAUGGACCACGUCUGAAUGCAAGGUCUUACACUGGUUACAUAGUGAAUGGUCUGCGGUUUCAGACCGACUCGGUUUGCAGGCAGAGUCAGAACAGUGGAGUGUUCUAUGAGGCAGCGUCUAUGUGUAGAUCUAGUGCUAGGGACAAUUCUCAAGUAGUUGACAUGGUUUCGUAUUAUGGUCGACUCGUAGACAUUAUACUGUUAGACUACAACGUAUUCUACGUUGCUCUAUUCAAGUGUCAGUGGGCAGUCAGGAACAAUGGUGUGAAGAUUGAAGACGGAUUCACUCUUGUAAAUCUGCAUCAGAACCAAGCAUCAUUCUCCAGAGAUCCAUAUAUAUUAGCUUCGCAGGCGAAGCAAGUUUUUUACUCAAGAGAAAAUGAUUCAUCCAAUUGGUAUGUUGUUAUGCGAGGGCCAUUAAGAAGAUACAAUGACGAAGCCGUGGAUAAUGGGGAGUCUGAUGUUGGGCCACUACCGGCUAUGGUUAAUAUGGAAGCAGAGGUUUUAGAGGAUGAGUCUCAUAAUGCUCGGAAUGAUUGUGAAGGAAUAUAUGUGGACUGA